UCACUGCACGCCUGAAAUUGCAGCCUUUCCGUGCCUUCGCCCUCCCUCCCCCGCUCUUCGCGCGAGGCUACCACUUCCUCGGCCCGCCCAAAAGUCAGGCCUCACGUCCGACUCCGUCAAGUCCACGCACCCUAGCCCGACCCAGUCACUACACCAGCACGUUUUCCUUCGAAAACCCCCAAGGUGUAGAUAACUGCGAUACUUCAAUUGAGAACAUCGAGAGUUCCGACCGAACGCACUACCUUUCGAGCCGUGAAGAACCCCCGAAAUCAACUCGACAUGUCCGCCUCCCCCCAGCCGACACAGUCCGCUAAGCGGCCUCUCGAAGAGACUUCCUCGCCUUCCGUCGCUGACCAGCCCGAGGCCAAGCGACCGGCGCUCGACAAGGUUAUCAAGGACGAGGAAGAAAUCCAGCAGCCGAUCGCCGCAAGCACCGGCCAGGCCGCUACUACCGCUCAAGUUCAGGCUUCAGAAGCGAACGGGGCGGCAAAGACGAACGGGGAGAAAUCCGAGGUCAAGGAUGCCCAGGGCGACACUGUGGUUCCGGACGCUCCCGAGACCAAGCCUAUCGCCAGCACCGCCAGUGGAAGCGCCUCGCAAGGCCAGGCCAACCCUCCGCCGGCGAGCCACGACGAGACUGCCUGGAUUCACAUUCGCGCUGUGAUCUCCAGCCCGGAAGCUGCCACCGUCAUUGGGAAAGGGGGUGAGAAUGUAUCCAAGAUCAGGCAGAUGUCCGGCGCCAAGUGCACGGUUAGCGACUACCAGAAGGGUGCCGUGGAGCGCAUCCUUACUGUGAGCGGUAUCGUCGAUGCAGUGGCAAAGGCCUUCGGUUUGAUCAUUAGGACGCUCAACAACGAGCCCUUGAACGAGCCCUCGAACCAGCACUCGAAAACUUAUCCGCUCCGCCUUCUCAUCCCGCACAUUCUGAUCGGUUCCAUCAUUGGCAAGGGCGGCGCCCGCAUCAAGGAGAUCCAGGAAGCGUCCGGCGCCCGCCUCAACGCGUCCGACUCUUGCCUCCCGUUGUCCACGGAGCGCUCGCUUGUCGUGAUGGGCGUGGCCGAUGCCGUCCACAUUGCGACCUACUAUGUUGGCAGCACGCUCCUCGAGCAGCUCAAUGAGCGUUUUGGUGGACCGGCAGCCUCCGCCUAUGCGACUCGCAGCGGCGGCCCAGCCGGCACGGUGCCGGGCGGGAUGCAGGUGGUUCCGUACAAUCCCCAGCCUGCUGGCGGCAACUACGGCAACCGGGAUAACUACUACCGCGGUCGCCAGGACCCGAGAGCCUAUCAUAUGCCGCCGCAGUCCUAUGCGCCGCCGUACGGCCAUCCUCAUCCGGCAAUCCCGAACCCCGCUGUCCCAAUGCCCUACGGAGCACACGCCGCAGGCGGCUAUGGUGCUGGCCCCCACGUCCCGGUUCACCAUGCCGGCCCAGCCGGGCCGCAUGGUCAUGCUGGUCCCCAUGGCCAGCCGAUGCCCGGCGGCGCAGGCAUGCCCGGAGCCCCUCUCACCCAGCAGAUCUACAUCCCCAACGACAUGGUUGGGGCUAUCAUCGGAAAGGGUGGCCAGAAGAUCAACGAGAUUCGUCAGAUCAGUGGCAGCGUCAUUAAGAUUAAUGAACCACAGGAUAACAGCAACGAGCGUCUCGUCACGAUCACUGGCACCGAGGAGUGCAAUCGGAUAGCGCUCUACAUGCUCUACUCUCGGCUUGAAAGCGAGAAACACCGAAUUUAGUCUUGCCCCCUCCCUCGGUCUCGAUAUCCUGUCUCCGUAUUCUCGUAUCUUUCCUGGGCUUUGACGGCGUUGGGUGGUCAAGGGGGGUGGAGGUGGAAAACAAACGGUACAGGUCAACAAGGACUAAUGCGUCUUAGGAACCAACGCCACUCAUUCAGUGUGUUCGGGAUGUCGUG